AUGGAUCAUUCGGUCGAAGCUGGUUUGCUGGUCACAUUUUGUGCCCCGUGCUAUCUGUGUCACAUGUACCAAUUGGCCGGGGAAAAUUGUGCCAUUCCACUGAUGGGUGUUGGACCGGCGCUACUCCGUUCACGACAACGAUUCCGGCAUAAAAUAAAGGUGAGAGUAUGUGCGAGGAAUUCCGGAAGGUGA